CUCUUUUUCUCUUUAAAAUAUACUAGAUCAAUCUGAAUCAUGAGUUCUAAGGAGCAUAGGGCUAUACCACCUCCACCAUCGUUUUCUACUGCUCCAGACAUGAACGAUUCAACGGGUUUUGCAGUACCCUCGUUUUCGAGUGCACCAGAUCUGUCAGAAUUGGCUGACGACGAGAGCAGGAAAAAAGAACGCAAACAUAAAAAGCACAAACGCGAACAAACAACCGAAAAGAAGGAACGAGGCCGUCAUCGUCAGCGAUCACGUUCUUCCGAGAAACAGCACUCUUUUUCUCAUCACCGACGACGGCGCUCACGUACACCGGAAAAGCAUUCUUCUCGACGACGACGCUCACGUACACCUGAAAAACAAUCUUCUUCGCGACGUCGGCGAUCGCGCUCACCCGAAAGUCGUUCUCGUCACCGAACACGAUCGCCACAUAGUCGCAGCAGUAAACGCCCUCGUUCGCGUGAGAGGCGGUCUCGACGUUCACCAUCACCCAUACCACUGACUGGUGAGCUGAAAACAGGUAUCCGAUAUAUAGUCGACAAGCGAGGCGAUAAGGAUAACUUGACGUAUGGUGGGCUCCAUAGUUACGAUGUUCCAAGUUACCAUCGUGAAGGAGGUGGAUAUGUCAUUGGAUUAUCGUCAUCUGUAAAGAUUGACAAGGCCAGUGCAACAUCAGGCCGAACGUUGCAAAUCAUCGCGUCACGAUUGUCUCGUAAGAAGAAGUUGCUACGUUAUACAGAUGCAGCUUAUACUUGGAAAGAAACAGAUAAAGAUAUGAAAAGACUCCGUAUACGACCGGGCUCAAAUAUAGGGACGGAAAAGGAUAUAAACUUCAUACGGAUUGACGGAGGAGAAACCCCCCGAAAAGACGAAAAUGACCAAGUAAUAUCAAGUGGAGUUGAUUAUCGGAGCAUUGAAGGACCAAAUGCCACUGAACCUGCCGGAUCUGAUGAUGAUGAACAAUCUACAGAAGAAGGCGAAAGCUUUGACGAAUACAUUCGUCGACGUACUGUUGAGCUUAAUAGAAAAGUGGACAAGGAUCGCCAUGAUGUGGAAGCCUGGAUGGAGUUUAUUGCGUUUCAGGAUGAGGCUGCUCAAGGCCUAAACGUCGGUGCAGAUGGAAAAUUCCGUUCCAAGGCUAACAAGUCUAGUCUGAACGAAGUAAAAAUGGCCAUUUUUGAGAAAGCCCUGGAAGCCAACCCUAGUGACGAGACGCUUCUCUCGGCAUAUUUGGCUUGUGGUGAAGAAAUAUGGGAUACGCUUACGCUGCUACAACAUUGGGAUAAGGCAUUGAAGGCUCGUCCCGAAUCGAUUCGACUCUGGGCCGACUAUAUCAACCUCAGACAAACCAAUUUCUCUAGCUUUUCGUUCUCACAAUGCGUCAAAGUGUUUGAGGAUUGCAUUUCAACUCUCAACAAGUUAGCACGCAGGCUACAAGGGGUUCGGAAAAAUGAGGAUAAUCUUGAAGCACGAGAGAAUAUUGAAUCUGUCAUGGUUUAUGUUCUUCUAAGAGCAUGUUUGUUCAUGAAGCAGGCUGGUUACCAUGAAAGAGGAUUUGGAACGCUGCAAGCUGUUGUGGAGUUUACUUUGUUCCCACCAAGAAUCUUUUCGAUGUCACUUGACAUCACUUUCGAAGAUAUGCUUGCCGAAUUUUCUGACUUUUGGGAUAGUGAAGUACUUCGUUUUGGCGAAAAGGGAGCAAAAGGCUGGAAAGAAUACUAUCGAACCAAAUAUGAGGAUGUAGUCGGCGAGAACACCGAAUCGCCGGAGCCGGAGGAUGUUGAAGAUGUUUAUAGCCUGGUAGAUUGGGUGCGACUAGAGGAAUCCAAAGAACGGAAUAGCCGCCUUCCCAUGAAAAUGAAAAAUGCUCCGCCAGAACUUGUUGACGAAGAUCCAUAUGUGAUUACAUUAUCAGAUGAUAUCCGUGAAUUUUUAUUCAACAUCACGACGGGUGAAGCACGGCAAGGUCUCAUAUACAGUAUUUUUGUGUUCUUGGGGCUCCCUUUCACGCCUCCUGGCGUCGGUACCAAUACUCAUUUUUGCGUGGACACUUUCACUCAUAAUGAGCUGAAAUUGGAUGGAUUCUGGCCCUCUACUAAACAACAACUGCGAGGUUCAUUGUUGCUUACAUAUAUCGAUGGUAUACCCAUGGAGUCUGAACGCGUUACCAGUGAUCGACAACCCUACGAUUAUCCAGUUUCAUAUCCUGUCGGUACAACAGAAUUAUUUGCCCGGUAUGAUCAUUGGUUUUCGUGUGUGGCAAAUUGCCAUGUGGACAACCAACUCGAAGCAGAUUUUACAAGGAAUGCAUUCCAACAGCUUCUCGCGUUGAAGUGGACCAAUCAUUUGGCAGUAUGUUAUAUAUCAUUUGAAUCAAGCUAUGCGAACAAAAGUGCACGGAGGGUAGCUAAAACGUUGCUUAAAGAUCGUCAAACAAACGUAACCUUAUGGAAUGCAUAUGCGCAAAUGGAAAAGAGUCAUGGAAAGCUAAAGGAAGCACGCAAAGUAUAUCAGACCGCUCUAGCUGCGUAUCGCUCUUUUCCCAAUGAAGAUCAAGUCAUGGUGCCAUUAGUCUACAGUGCUUUUGCACAGCUAGAAUGGGAAGAGGGUCGGUCCGAUGAAGCGCUUAAAAUAUUGGUUGCUUGUGGUACUGACGAAUCCUACGAUGAAAAGGGACCAACCCCGUCAAGUGCACAAUUAUUGAGAGCACAAAGGUUUUAUGCACAAAAAACAAGUCAAUUAUCUCAGCUGACAGCAGGCACAGAGAACGAAAUGGAUGCUGCAUAUCACUACAUUAUCUGCUACGCACUCUUUCAACUUUUGACGCAAGAUAUCAACGAAGCAUCCAAUGAAUUUGAGCAUGCCUUAGAGUACAUUCAGGAACGUCAUGCAGAACGGGGUUUUGAAAGCGAGUUGUUAUGGGUCGCAUAUGCAAAAUUGACAUUUCAAAACGUUGCCAUGAACCGUCGAGCAGGUUAUAAGCCAGGACACCUUCGACAUUUACUGAAUCGGGCGCUCAUCCUAUUCCCCAACAACACAGUCUUCAUUGGUCUUUACGUAUGGAACGAAGCAAAAACCAAGCUGUACAAUAGGGUCCGAUCCAUGUUUGCUAAAUCUCUCGAAAGCGAUCCUAAUGUCAUUCUUUGGUUAUCAUCUAUACGAACGGAGCUCCAUUACCAUGAACCUUAUGACGUUAAUCAAGUACGGUCCUUAUUUGAGUCAUCGAUCGAAAAAACAAACACACGAUCAUCGAUUUUAUUGUGGAAACUAUACAUUGAGCACGAAAUUCAGUGUGGUGAACUUGUUCGGGCCAAGUCUCUCUUCUACCGUGCGAUUCGUGCAUGUCCAUGGUCAAAAGAAAUCUGCCUAUUAGGCAUCAGGUUAUUAUCGCGACAGUUAUCUGAAAAAGAGCUCCAUGAAAUCGUUAGCUUGAUGAUGGAAAAAGAGAUUCGACUGCGUCAGCCAAUUGAUGAUAGACUACUUGUCGAUAAUGAAGGAGACCGGCUGGACAUUGAUACUGAAGACGAAGAAGCUGCUGCACUGAUGUAAAUAAUAUUUGCUACUAAUGCUUUUUCCAACACUGAAAAGUCAACAGUGAAAAGUCAUCAUAAGUAUAUCACAAUAAACCAAAAAUAAUC